AUGGGUUUCAUUGCAGCUACAGAGGAGAGCAGAAGCAGAGAGCAGGGGAAGAGCACAACGUUUUACAAUCGCGGCAUCAAAAUCAAUCCAAAAAAAAUUGAUGCAUUCAAGAAGCGCACCAGUCAGCCCGUGGAGGAAAUGGAUAACGCUGGUAAUGGGAAUGAUACUAUAACGGACUCAAGCCAUUCUGACAUCAUGGGAGUAGCAACCCCUCAGCACAUUACACACCAUACUCCAUCUCCAGAAGACAACUACGAUGCUCUAGCAGCAGAGCAACUCCACAAUGAAGCAAUUCUUUCCAACAGCACACGUCAUACUCUAUUUGCAGAGAAUAAUGCUGAUUUUCUUUCCGGAACUGUGGAAUAUAUUGAGGGCGCCAGCUCUCCAGGCGGCGCGUAUCACACACAACUCGCAGAGAGCAACGGCUAUCCUCUUUCAAGGCCGCUGGAAAUGCGUGAUGAAUUAAGCGCUCCAAGCAGCAUAAGUUCUCCACACGGCACACCAUAUACUCCGCUUCAAGAAAGAGAAAGCAUCCAUUUUCUUACUCCAGAGCCGAUCUGUGAGGAGGAAUCUGAUACUCAGUUACGAUCAGUCGACCUUCCUCCACUUCAAACCUUUCACUCAGCUUCAUCUGUCCAACUUGCGCCACCCACUAUAUUUGAGCAAGAAUACGAAGAUAACAUGGCAAGCCCCGAGGGCGUCUUACCAAACACAAUAAAAAACAAAGCAGAAAGCCAUAGGGAAAGAGGAGAGUUCGCCGAGGCAGCGAGUGAAUAUCUUCGUCUUGUUGAUGUCUUUGUUCAAGAGAAAGGUCAAGGCUCGGUAGAAGUCUUUGAAACUUUUGCAGAAUUGGCAGAUAUCUACCAAGCCGAAGGGAAGUUGCCGGAAUCAAUCGAAGCGUAUCGCAGAGUCGUAUCUGGGUAUAAGGGGAUCUUUGGGGCAUCGUCCUUAGAAACCCUGCGGACGAUACACAACCUGGGAAAGGUUCUGGAAGAGGACGACUUGUACGAGGAGGCUGAAACUUGCUAUCGGCAGGCGAUUACUGGAUUUGAAGAGCUUGGGACUAGUGGAUUUCUUGAUCGACUGGACUGCCAAGGCUUCCUGGGAGAUCUAUUGUCAGACACGGGCCGUGACGAGGAGGCACUGCAACUAUUUAUUCCCCUGCUGGCUAGUUACAACGAACUUGGCCUACACCAUCGAAAAAUAUCAAUCCUGGGCUCUUUGCUAGAGUUCUACAACGGCCUGGAGAACUCCCAGAAGUUGCACGUAACUAUUCAAGACCUGCACAAACUUCUUGAUGAGAGGAUUGACAUUGACUACCGAAGCUUUCCGGAGGUUCUAUGGGAAGGAAUUCACUUGGGAAGCAUAUAUGGCCAGCUCCUAGAAUAUGAGCUUGCAGACUCUCUAUUGUCCCAAGUCAUUCCAAAGCUGGAGCUCCUAGAUGAUGUGAAGUACAAGAUCGAGAAGUUAUACGGCUAUAUGGAGUAUGGGAAUGUUAAACUGCGGCUAAAUUGCUUGGAACAAGCAGAGCGCUGCCUUUCCUUGGCCAAGGUUACCCUGGAAAACUGCAACAGACAUGAUGACCCGGUGGCGGCAUUUGUUGACAGCCGUGUGUUGGUCCUCGAAUUUCGUUCCGCUAAACCCAUACAGAGAAAUACCAUGGAAUUGAGCAAGCAAAAGCUCCGGGAAUUCAUGAAAAAAAUGGGGGAUCAGGGCAAUUUCCGUGAUAUGGAUGAGGAAAGUAGGACGGGUGGCGAAGUGGCGACGAAUACGGACGCUUCAAGUUGCAAGUACGGUGUCUCGUUCUCGGAGACUGACAUCACCGGGAUUAGUCACUCAGAGUUUUACACUGGCUAA